AUGACCCAGGCCGAGAAGGGGGACGCGGAGAACGGGAAGGAGAAGGGCGGAGAGAAGGAGAAGGAGCAGCGGGGAGUGAAGCGACCCAUCGUGCCGGCGCUAGUGCCCGAGUCGCUGCAGGAGCAAAUCCAGAGCAACUUUAUUGUUGUCAUACACCCAGGUUCAACAACUUUAAGAAUUGGCCGAGCCACAGACACACUUCCUGCCAGCAUCCCUCACGUCAUUGCACGAAGACACAAGCAACAAGGGCAGCCGCUGUACAAGGACAACUGGCUGCUGAGGGAAGGGUUAAAUAAACCCGAAAGUAAUGAACAAAGACAAAAUGGCCUUAAAAUGGUGGACCAGGCGAUAUGGUCUAAAAAGAUGUCAAAUGGAACAAGACGAAUCCCUGUGUCACCAGAGCAGGCACGCUCCUACAACAAGCAGAUGCGACCUGCCAUUCUAGACCACUGUUCUGGAAACAAAUGGACAAACACGUCUCACCAGCCCGAGUAUUUGGUAGGAGAAGAGGCCUUGUACGUCAACCCGCUGGACUGCUACAAUAUUCACUGGCCUAUUAGACGGGGUCAGCUGAAUAUCCACCCAGGUCCUGGGGGCUCCCUGACGGCUGUUCUCGCAGAUAUUGAAGUGAUAUGGUCUCAUGCAAUCCAAAAGUAUUUGGAAAUCCCACUGAAAGAUUUAAAGUAUUACAGGUGCAUCUUGUUAAUCCCUGAUAUCUAUAACAAACAGCACGUGAAAGAGCUAGUGCAUAUGAUCCUGAUGAAGAUGGGCUUCUCAGGGAUUGUUGUCCAUCAGGAGUCUGUGUGUGCUACAUUUGGAAGUGGCUUAAGCAGCACCUGUGUUGUAGAUGUUGGGGACCAGAAAACAAGCGUGUGCUGUGUGGAAGAUGGGGUGUCUCAUCGGAACACACGGCUCUGUCUGGCAUAUGGGGGCUCUGAUGUGUCGAGGUGUUUUUACUGGCUCAUGCAGCGAGCGGGCUUCCCUUACAGAGAGUGUCAGUUAACAAACAAAAUGGAUUGCCUCCUCUUGCAGCACCUUAAAGAAACAUUCUGUCAUCUAGACCAGGACAUCUCCGGGCUUCAGGACCAUGAAUUUCAGAUUCGGCACCCAGAUUCUCCUGCCCUGCUCUACCAGUUUCGAUUAGGCGAUGAAAAGCUCCAGGCUCCAAUGGCACUGUUUUACCCAGCAACCUUUGGGAUCGUCGGCCAGAAGAUGACGACCUUGCAGCACCGAUCCCAGGGGGACCCUGAGGACCCGCAUGAUGAGCAUUACCUGCUGGCCACACAGAGCAAGCAGGAGCAGUCUGCAAAAGCUACUGCUGACCGCAAGUCUGCAUCCAAACCCAUUGGAUUUGAAGGGGAUCUCCGCGGCCAGGCCUCUGAUCUUCCAGAAAGACUUCAUCCCCAGGAGGUGGAUUUGGCUUCUUCCCAGGGGGACUGUCUGAUGGCCAGCAAUGACUCUGAGGAGGCCCUCACUGCGCUGAUGUCCAGGAAAACUGCCAUCUCCCUUUUUGAAGGAAAAGCCCUGGGCCUUGAUAAGGCCAUCCUGCACAGCGUGGACUGUUGCUCAUCUGACGACACCAAGAAGAAGAUGUACAGCUCUAUCCUGGUUGUGGGAGGCGGUUUGAUGUUCCAUAAAGCUCAAGAAUUUCUCCAACACAGAAUCCUCAACAAGAUGCCACCUUCCUUCAGGCGAAUUAUUGAAAAUGUGGACGUGAUCACAAGGCCUAAGGAUAUGGACCCCCGGCUGAUUGCAUGGAAAGGAGGGGCAGUGUUGGCGUGCCUGGAUACCACUCAGGAGCUGUGGAUUUAUCAGCGAGAAUGGCAACGCUUUGGCGUCCGAAUGUUACGGGAGCGGGCUGCUUUUGUGUGGUGAUGACCAACACCAAGUCUCUGGACAUAAAUACUUAAGGAAUAUAUAUAUUUAAUUUAUUGGAUUUGAAGCUUAAUUUUCCUAGAAUUAAAUGAAUUCAUCUUCAUGUUAAAGUAUGACACUGAUUUGAAAUUAUAAUUGAGAAUAAAUAUGAACUUUCUCUUAACCUUUCUUCAAGGUUACAUACUGCACCUCACCCCUCCCCGCUGCACCCCACCAUCUCCACAACGGGCAACCUUACAGUCCAGCCUUCCAGCCUGGUCAGCCACAAGGGGUGCUGUGUACCUGUGGGAACCUGCUGCAGUGUCUGUCCUUUCCUCUAGCAGUGCUUAGAUCUAAAGCCGCCUGCUCUGGGUUCCCUUGGAAUCAAGCACUGUCUUUGCUUCUCCCA